UAACAGAAUAACAGAUGACCACCAAUGACAACAAUAAAAAUCUUUUAUCAUUAUCUUUCGAAAUUUCUUUAGUUCUUCGCUUUUGCCUUCUACGCAAAUUUAGUGCGACUUAUCGUUAUUCGUUUGUGUUUUUGUGACUGUUGAUUAUUGACUAUUGACUACUUGUAAUUUGUAUACGGUAUCUUUGAAUGAUUAUGUUCAUUGCAUAAAUAGGUUAAUAAAGUAAAUAUAAAUAAUAUAUUGUACACUAUGAGUUUCCUGGGUAAGAUUUUCGGUAGCAAAAAGGAAGAGAAAGGACCAUCAACUGAAGAUGCGAUACAAAAGCUUCGAUCCACAGAAGAGAUGCUGAUAAAAAAACAAGAAUUUUUAGAAAAAAAAAUUGAACAAGAAGUAGCGAUAGCAAAAAAAAAUGGUACAACUAAUAAACGAGCUGCAUUACAAGCAUUGAAGCGUAAGAAACGGUACGAACAACAACUAGCGCAAAUUGAUGGUACCAUGUUAACUAUUGAACAACAGAGAGAGGCAUUAGAAGGUGCUAACACAAAUACAGCAGUAUUAACUACGAUGAAAACAGCAGCGGAUGCACUUAAAUCGGCUCAUCAAAAUAUGAAUGUUGAUGAUGUUCACAAUAUGAUGGAUGAUAUAGCAGAGUCACAAGAUUUAUCCAAAGAAAUAUCAGAAGCUAUUUCAAAUCCAGUUGCAUUUGGAACUGAUGUAGACGAAGAUGAAUUACAAAAGGAAUUGGAAGAGCUAGAACAAGAAGAAUUGGACAAAGAGUUGUUGAAUACAGGCAAGACACCCGUCAACGAUUUGCCAACGCCUGCAGUGCCAACAUUUGAGCCCAGUGGCCGAGGCAAAGCAAAAACUAAAGCUGAAGAAGAUGAUGAUGAAAUGAAAGAAUUAGCUAAUUGGGCUUCAUAAAAAAAUGUUUAAGUGAUAUCAAAAUAUUUGAUCGUAAACAUGAUAAGAAAAAUAUUUUUAAAUUUAUAAAUGAUCAGUUAAUUUGCUAUUACGUUAUUACAUAGAUACUAUUUAACACGAAUUUACUGUCAACAUACUUAUUUUUGUUUAUACCAUUAUUUUUUUCCAAGUAAAUAUAAAACAAAAUAAUUUGCUGUUAAUAAUGAUACCCAAUCUUCAUAAUUGAUCCAAUAAUUAUUUAAUAUAAUUUACCAAGCAGCGUUUUAUGAAAAAAAGAAAAUAGUAAACUAUAUUCACAUUAAUCCAGCUUCUUGUAUAUACAUACUUCCUUAUUGUUAAUUGUGAACAUAUUUUUAAUAAAAUUCAUAAUUAAAAUAAAACAUUUUAUAUAGAAUA